AUGCACUCUUCUAAGGAAUAUAGUUUCACAAUCAAAGACAAGAAAAAGUCGACCCCCUCGGAUGACCUCAAUGCGAAAGAGACAUAUGUGGGUCCUAAACAGUUCAAGAACUACGGCAAAAUUGACGGUGAUAAGCAGCUCAAAUAUGCGUCUGAGUUUUGUGCGAAGCUUAAAGGGAAGAAGCUUAACGCUGGCGAAAAGACGAUUGAUAAGCAAUACUUUGAUGAUAAAGAACGUGUCUGGUAUUCAUAUCAAGUGGGCUGGCAGACUGGUUCUGAUUGCGCCAGCCCUAAAGAACUCGACGCUGAAUAUCCCCUCGGCAAGGAUCACAAGAACAAUUGCGAGUCCCUAAUGCGGUUCGCGUACUAG